UGUACAUAUGGUGUAGUUGAGAAACCCAGCCAAGGGACUCCUUAAAAACACGCCACUUCAAAGUGACUAUMUAUAACAGUUUAGGUUAGGYGAGCAUUUUCGUUAACCCUAAACCUUUUCAUAACSUUAACCUAAUUAUCCUAACCUGCUACGUUAAUUAUGCUAACCMGCUGCAUAAGUUCUCCGAAACUGCUACGAAAAAGACGGGGAAUCUCCCCAGCUAAGGCCUAUCCUAGCCUAGAUAUGUAAUAUUGUUAAUUUUCCUUGCGCCUGAAAACGACAGUGACGGCUGCCUCCACUUCAACGAACGAUACUCGGUGUGCUUAUCAUUCCUUUGUCUGUGAGCGGUUGACACCGUUUCCUUGAACGGGGGACAGAGAGCUGAAAAGAAGAAAGAAAUAGAGCGCAAUAGCCUUCUCUUCGUGUAUAGCCGCAGCCCACAGGACGGCGGCGCGUGCAAGGUGGAGUAGCAGAGACCGCAGUUCCCGGUACUGAAGACGGUGACGAGAGCUCAUUCUCUCUGCAAGGGAAGGAGGGCGGGGUCUCGUAGCAUCAGCGCUCUCAUUGUAUGUCGGCUGCUGAUGCUGAGCAGUAGCGGAGAAAAAAAAACGAGGGCCAUGGAUACGGUUUUAAAAAGCUUAGGCCUUAAUACAUUGUGGAGAUUAAUUACACGCUCUACUGUCUACUAAGAUAAUGAGGAAGAGGAAGAACUGGAAACCUCGGGAGGGCCUCUGUUCAUUUCUAUGAAGUCUCUAUGAAAGCAUUGGAGGAGCUGUAGUAUUUGACUCAAUGGCGAAGAAGGGCCGUACCAAGGGCGAGAAGCCCGAAGCGCUCAUCUCUGCCCUACAGGCAGCUAACGAAGAUCUCAGGUCCAAAUUGACUGACAUUCAAAUAGAACUGCAUCAAGAGAAAUGCAAGGUGAGUAAGUUGGAGCGUGAGAAGGUGCAAGAGUGCAAGCGGAUCCGGGAGCAGGAGCAGCACCGGCACACGGCCACGCUGACAGAGCAGCGAGCCAAAUGGCACGAGGAGAAGCAAAAAGAGCUCCAGGCACUCAGGGAGAACCUGGUCCGCCAGCACGAGCAGGAGCAGGCCCGCACCGCCAAGAUCAAGGACCAGGAGAACCAGCGGCUCAAGGCGGCGCUGAGCGCCAUGCGGGACGGCAGCGGAGAGAAGGUGCGCACGGCGCUGACCCUAGAGGCCAAGGAGGAGGCACGGCGCUUUUUCGACGUGGAGAGGGUCAAGCUGCUGCAAGAGAUCUCGGAGCUCAAGCAGAACAAAAAGCAGACGGACGAGGCACUCAGCACCAUGAUCCAGGCGGAUAAGAUGAAGGCCGGGGAUCUGCGCUCCGAGCAUCAGAUGCACCAGGAACACAUCUCCAAGAUCAAGUGGGACAGCGAGAAGGACAUCCGCAGACUGGUGGAUGAGAUCAAAUCCAAAGAGCGCACCAUCUUCUCUCUGGAGAAGGAGCUGGAGAAUGCCAUUGGCUUGCUGCAGAAGAUGCAGAUGCAAAAGGAUGCCCUGGAUGACCAGCUGUUCCUGGUCAAGGAGGCAGAGUGUAACCUGGGCAGCCCCAAGAGAGAGAUCCCCGGGCGGGCUGGGGACGGGGCGGAGCACUGUGGCAGCCCGGUACGACAUAGAAAGGCAGAGGGGAACUUGGAAAUGGACAUGCGCAGGAACCAGAGYCGCAUGGCCGACCUCAACUCCACCAUCCGCAAGCUGGAGGACCGCAACUCACUGCUAGUGGAUGAGAGGAAUGAACUGCUAAAGCGUGUGCGGGAGUCGGAGAAGCAGUGCAAGCCCAUGCUGGAAAAGAACAAGAUGCUGAACAAGAGGAACGAUGACCUCAGCCAGACCCUGCAGCGCAUGGAAGAGAAACUCAAAGGCCUGGCCAAAGAGAACCUGGAGAUGAAGGAGAAGAUCAGCUCCCACCCACCGCUGAAGAAAUCCAACUGUAAGUCUCUGAAUGAUCUGGACCAGGCACAUGACGACCAGGAGAUUGAGUUCCUUAAGCUGCAGGUACUGGAGCAGCAGAGCAUCAUCGACGAGCUGACAAGAGAUAGGGAAAAGCUCCUGCGGAAGAAGAGGCAUAAACGAAGCAACAGGCAGAUAAAGAGGCACAUUGUAGUGGACACCUUCUUCGGAUACGAUGAGGAAUCCAUGGACUCGGAGACGUCCUCUGUGGCUUCGUUUCGCAUGGACCGCACCCCAGCCACUCCCGAUGAAGACCUGGAUGAGGGACUGGCUAACGAGGAGUCGGAGCUGCGCUUCAGGCAGCUGACCAGAGAAUACCAGGCCUUACAGAGGGCAUACGCCCUGCUACAGGAACAUCAAGGGGGCCUUCUAGACGCUGAGAUGGAAGCUAAGGCUCAGGAGCAGCUCCAUGCAGACGUUCUCAGGUACAAGGCCAAGAUAGAAGACCUGGAGAAGGAGCUCGCCCACAAAGGACAGGACUCCAAGUGGGUAGAGGAGAAACAGCUGUUCUUCAGGAGGAAUCAGGAGCUGCUGGAUAAGGUGGAGAAGUUGGAUGGAAAAUGUAGUCGACAGCAACAGGAGCUGCAAGACUCCAAGGACCAGAAUGAGCUCCUGGAAUUCAGAAUACUGGAACUAGAGGAGCGUGAGCGGAAAUCCCCUCCGUUUAAUCAUCUCCGCAUGCAUCCGUUCUCCGAGGGUGUCAGCGCCCUGCAGAUCUACUGCAUGAAGGAAGGAGUGAAGGAUGUCUGUAUACCUGACCUGAUCAAGCUGCUAGACAUUCUGGGUGAUAACGGGAACUUGCGAAAUGAGGAGCAAGUGGCCAUUAUUCAAGCGAGCACUGUCCUCUCUCUUGCUGAAAAGUGGAUACAACAGAUCGAGGGCACAGAGGCAGCGCUGCAUCAGAAGAUGAUGGAUCUGGAGCUAGAGAUGGAGAUGUUCUGCAAGCAGAAAGGCUAUUUGGAGGAGGAGCUGGAUUACAGGAAGUCAGCCCUGGAUCAGGCCUACGUGCAAAUCCAGGAGCUGGAGGCUACUCUGUACAACGCACUGCAGCAGGAUAAGGUGAUCGGAUACGGCGAGCCUCUCAGUGACAUGCAGAAGGAUGAGCUUCGUACGUCCGUGGAGAAGUUACGCAGGCAGAUGCUGAGGAAGAGCAGAGAGUUCGACUGUCAGGUCUUGGCUGAGAGGAUGGAGCUGCUCCACCAGGCCCAUCAGAGAAUCCGGGACUUGGAGGAUAAGACAGACAUCCAGAGGAGACAAAUCAAGGAUCUGGAGGAGAAGCCUGGAGAUUGUGUUUGUGACUGCAGUGGUUUUAAUUUUUGGGGGAAGCGAGUCAUCUUUUUGGCUCAUGUUGUAAUAGUGAGUGGUAAUGGACAUGGCUGGGAAUUCACACCUCUUUGAUUUGGGACCUCACUCUGGGGAUACACACAAUGUAUGCUGCACUGCACUGUCCUGGUCCUUGGAACAUGGAACUUCCCUAAACUCGGUGGGGUAACUGGAAUAGAAACCUCAGUCGGAAAACACACAUACACAUUCGCAAACACUCAUAUACGCUGGACACGCUAACAUCAAACAUACUGGAAACACACACACACACACAAAUAUAACACACGCACACAUACACAGGCAGACAGAGACACGCACACAUCACACGUGCGUGCCCACACACACAUACGGUACAUACACACACCAAACCCACUCACAGACAUCAAGGAAACCAAAGUCUGGGAGAUCUUAUCUCUGCCAUGCAGGGGAACGCUACACCACCUACCACCAUCCAACUACACCAAGACUACACCCAGACUCCACCCAGACUUCAGACUGCCGACACCCAGACUACACCCAGACUUCAGACUGCCUACACCCAAACUACACCCACACUUCAGACUGCCUACACCCAGACUACACCCAAACUACUCCCAGACUUCAGACUGCCUACACCCAGACUUCAAACUGACUACACCCCGACUAUACCCAGACUUCAGACUGACUACAACCUGACUAGACCCAGACAAGAGAGGAAAGGAAAGGCUUCAUCAAUAGGCCUCACCAGACCACAGAGUCCUUACUCUCUCCCUCCCCUCUCCCUCUUAUAAACCCGAACAGACACUAGUAUGUGUGAACGCACCCCUUCACAGGAGCGACGAGACCUGACUCAGGGCCCUGUGAGCAGGGUGACUGACCGAUCUGAUGGUGACUGACUGACUGUUCUCUGACCAGGAGACGCGGGACACGGGACACUCAGGACAAUGUAUCUCCCCUGGUCGGAAGCAGAUCAGGGGACGGCAGAGCGAGAGAGAAGGAUGGGAGAGAGAGGAUCCACUAUGUGCUCACACACUGACCGGGCUUCUGUUUUGAGACCUUCACUUUCUUUGUUUUAAACCAGUGGACAGAAUGGACGUCUCGAUUUCUACUUCUUUUCCUUUCGGGAACAAAACCAACAGUCCCAGUUGAUCCCCAUGUACCAAGAUUUCCACAGAGAGAAAAAAAGACCCUCUCUAUAUACAUGUGUUGAUAUGUACAUUGUGUCUUGAUGAUUUCCUGUAGUUUCUUUCUUUCCUUCCUUCUGUGAAUGUGAACGCUGUCCCCUCCACAGUAGAGCUGCUCGGCAGUCUCUAAGUACCACAACGUAUGGAUUGCUCUGUUUGUUGUGGCGACAGCUGCAAACGAACUCUAUUUCCUCGAUUGUACUGAACUUAAAAAMAAUUGCUAUAAUAAUAUUUCCCUCCCCCCUUUUCCCUGUCACAUUCCCUCUAUUUUGUACUCUUUCAAGAUAAUCAACUGUAGCCUACCAGCAGGAGUUUCAUGGUUUAUACUGAAUGACGUUUAACACUCCCUUUAAAAGAACAGCAAGCUGUAAAUACUACAUCCUGGUUACCUACCUACAUCCUAAACAGCUCUGUCUGAUUAUGGUCAUUGUCAUCUCAGCAAAGUGGCCAUGAAUACUGUACAGUACCUCUUGCAGCAAUGACAUGUCAUUUGCUUUACUCUUUCUCUAACACCUUUUUCAGCACCAUGGACACCACAGGGGUUGGUUCUAACCUUCCUGCCCCCCCCUUCUCCAAACUGAAAUAGGAGAAAGUUGAUGCAAUGUAUACCUGCCUGGUUCUGCUUCUCUCCUUUCACCCUGACUAUGUCCUGGUCCUGCAAUAUUAACUACCUUCCCCGUCCAACCCCCUCAGCCACAUCCACCCGAGCUAGCUUCCCCUCCCGACCCUAUUCAGAGGCCUAGGAACCUAAGGCAUCCCAUUACAUACCUGUACAUACAUGAAUGUGGCCCACUUCUGUUACGUUACAAUGUAGGGGAAUGAUUGACACUAUUUUGGAGCAAACUCCGCUAACUAGCGAUUGCCUUAAAUGCGCUAUCCCCAUCAAUUUGUAKUUUCUUUUUAACGAUUAUGAUUUUGGUCCGUUAAUAUGAUUACGUAACGUUGUACAUUUCUGUUCACCGAGGUUUUUUUUUGUAAAUCUUUACCCUCCUGUUUUCCAAUGAGAAUUUAACGCCCUCCUCUUCUUUCAAGUAUAUUUWAAAAAACAAAAAAGGGAUAAUGAUGAAAAUAAAAGUGAAUGGACUUCAGUUUUAA